AUGGAUCUCUCUGUUUUGCCAAAUAACAACCAUCCUGACAAAUUCCUGCGGCUCGAUGUGAAGUCUUUCAUGAGGAACUCAGCUCUUCUUCAGGCCAGCCUGGUGAGGUUUCCAGGUGGGAAUCACCCUGCCGCCCAGCACUGGCAAAACCUCGUGUACUCACAGAGAGAGAAGAAGACUAUCACUGCUCAGCGAAUGAGAGGACCCAGUGCACAGCGUGCUGUUGCUACGGAUCAUCCCCCACCAUCCCUGUCCUCUGUUCUGAAGAAUAACCCACUGUACGGUGACAUAAGUUUGGAGGAAGCUAUGGAAGAAAGAAAAAAGAACCCCUCAUGGACCGUUGAAGAAUAUGACAGGCAUUCCCUGCACACAAACCUUUCUGGACACCUGAAGGAAAAUCCUAAUGACCUACGGUUUUGGUUGGGAGACAUGUACACGCCCGGUUUUGAUACCUUACUGAAAAAGGAAGAGGAACAAGAAAAGCAUUCGAAAUAUUGUCGUAUAGGUCUGAUUUUGCUCCUUGUUGCCUGCAUCUUGGUUUUCAUAGUGACCGUUUGCAUGUUUUUCACCUAA